CCUCACGAGAAAAUGCGAAACAAACCCCACGCAACCACGUGUAAUUUCUCUGGUGGGAAAAUAACCACCACCUGCAGGCACUCCGAGCCCAUACAGCCGCCCUGUCGAAGUCCGUCCUGCAGAAGCUGGGCAGCUUUGAAACACAUUUUGUUCUUGGGGGUCAUGGCACAUAAUUUCCCAGAGGUCUGGCAGCCAAGCAACCCAAGAAGCUACGCGGAAAGACGGUCUUAGGAAAACCCUGGCACUUCUGCCUUUUGUUUAGCAUAGCAUCUGCGCCCCUCUGCGGGUGUUUAUUGGCGAAAAAGGGCGAUUUAUUUGACGCGACUGUUUUCUCGCUCUCACAGCGUUGUUGAGCCGCCGUGAUAUCCAUCUACUUAGACCGCUUUCGCCUUUCCGAGAGAGAGAUCUUGCUUUGUUUAUGUCGUCGAUGUCGUCCGCAAGGCCCGCCUGGACGCAUUAGAGCCAUGGGAGAUGAAGACCGAGUUGUACCUAGUCCUUUCGUCUUCGGGACUGGCGAUGCGUGGGAGGGUUACGAUGGGCCGUGGUCUGCGUUUACAAUACACGUCGGAACUCCGGGGCAGGAUUUCAAUAUCCUACCCUCUACGUCCGGUGCACAUUUGAUAUUACCUAUAUCGGAGAGAUGCACAUCUGGAAUUGUUCUACCUAAAUAUACAGCCUUGAGGGACGCGAACUCCACCCAACUUCCUACUACCGGCUUUCGACCUAAUGCAUCAAUUACAUGGAAACCGUCUGGGCCAAACAACUCCUUGGGAAAUCAGCAACUUGCCAAUAGCGACAACAAAAUCUAUGGACUUGACAAGAUUGAAAUGUUUUCACACAAUUCGACCGGAUUGGUGGUUACAGACCAAGUGAUAUCUGGAACAUCUAUCAAAGACCACCAAUUGGGAUUCUUAGGACUCGACGCCAGGCUAUCAAAAUCGCCGGAUUCUAACUAUCCUCACCGGUCACUCCUUACAACGCUCCGGGAAGACAACAAGAUACCAAGUCUAUCCUUUGCAUACACCGCUGGUGCGGCAUAUCGAAUACCAAAGGUCGCUGGCAGCUUGACACUAGGCGGUUACGACGCCUCUCGAUUCAAAGCAAACGACCAAACAUUCCCCUUCAGCAAUGACGAAGACCGUAGACUCGAGAUCAGUAUAGAACAAAUAUCCUUGAACAACACACUAUCCGGAUCCCACUCUCUUCUCCACCCCCACAUACUCUCCCUAAUAGACUCAACGUACCCACACAUCUGGCUACCCCGAGCAACCUGCGACUCCUUCGAGCAAGCAUUCGGCCUCACAUACGACGCCCCAACAGACCUCUACCUCGUAAACUCCACCAUCCACCAGCGUCUCCAAUCCCUAAACCCAACGAUAACCUUCCAUCUCGGUAGCCCUUUCAAUCCCACAACAUCCGUCACCAUUGCCCUCCCCUACAGCGCCUUCUCACUCCAACAUCAACAACAACAACCCAACAACGCAUCAACUCACUCACCCUCUUACUACUUCCCCCUCCGCCGCGCCCCCAACGACACACACUCCAUCCUCGGCCGCACCUUCCUCCAAGAAGCCUACCUAAUAACCGACUACGACCGCUCCACCUUCUCCCUCCACCAAUCCGUCUUCCCAGACCCUCUCCAGGAGCCAGACAUCGUUUCCAUCCUCCCCCCGCCGCCUGUGCCGCCAGUGCGGAAGGAGUUCUCGUACACGUCGCACUCGCCGAACGGGAUCCCGAAGGGCGCGGUGAUAGGCAUCGCGGCGGGGGUGGGGUUUCUCGUGCUGGUGCUGCUGGCGCUGUUUAUUGUGAUGUUGAGGCGGAGACGGCGGAGGGCGGGGAGGAGGGCCGUAGGGAGUACCACAAGAGUUCUUUAUGAAUCACGUCGAGAUAUUAGGGUUGUCAAGAGCACACAGGAUGUGAUGAUUCAUUGA